AAAGGAAAUUAUGAUUAUAUAUUGGACAAUAAUUUUAAUUAACACCAAUUUGGGUUGUGCACUUAACAAGGAUGUAAUCCAACCAGACCCUUUGAUAGUUACACAACUGGGACAAAGUGUAUCACUCACUUGCUUUUGUCAAUCUAAUUUGAUGGUCAGGGUCGCUUGGUUCAAGCAAACUGUUGGACAGAAGCCUCUUCUCAUGGCAUCAUCAUAUUAUCGCACUCAAAAGACCUUUUAUUUCAACCAUUUUACCAAGGACUUCAAUGAGACCAAACGCUUGAGUGUGGAGAGAGGAGUUGGCAGCUCUAACCUGACCAUCUCAAAGACAGAGUCAGGGGACACAGCUACAUACUACUGUGGUGCUAUGGAAGUGGGCAAAGUCAUAUUUGGAGAAGGAACUUCUUUAAUUGUCAAAGAUUCAGGGUCCAACCACAUGUCUAUACUCCAGCAGCCUGUGUCUGAGUCAGUCAAGCCAGGAGACUCUGUGACUCUGAACUGUACAAUACACUCCAAGACCUGUGCAGGAGAACACAGUGUCUAUUGGUUCAGACAUGGCUCAGGAGAAUCCCGUCCAGGAAUCCUUCACACCAAUGGAGACAGGAGAGAUCAGUGUGAGAAGAGCCCUGAGGCUGAGUCUCCUACACAGAGCUGUGUCUACAACCUCCCCAAGAGGAACCUCAGCCUCUCUGAUGCUGGGACUUACUACUGUGCUGUGGCCUCAUGUGGGGAGAUACUAUUUGGAAAAGGGACCAAGCUGGACAUUGACUAUGGUUGUAAGGAGGACCAUGUUCUCUUGGUGUACUGUCUGGGUGUAGCGUUGGCUCUUUGUGUCAUCAUCAUCAUUGUCCUUGGUUGUGUUAUGUGUAAGAUGAACAAGAAAACCUCUCUGCUGUGCAGCGGAACGCACCCUCAGCCAAGUGGUCCGAUAGUCCCCAGUUCUCAUAACCAGGAUCAAGAACAUGAUGACACACUCACAUCGGUCCAUUACGCUGCUCUGAAUAUCAUCCACAAGAAGCCAAAGACCCGGAGACAGAGGAGCACCUUGGAGAGAGACACGGAGUACUCUGGGGUGAGGUGCCAAAACAUGGACUGAAACAUAGAUUUACCUCCUUUAAGACUUGCAUUGCUUUUCUGUUACACACUGUGUUUUUAUCAUUAUAAUUGUGUUACAAUUGCUUCUAUUCUGUCUAACUCCUUUUAACAUUACUGGUGUGAUACUGUGGUGCAUUUUAGAUCAAAUAAAACAUGAAUUCACUGUAA